AUGGGUAGAAAAAAAAUUCAAAUAUCGAAAAUAACUGACGAACGCAAUCGUCAGGUGACAUUUACAAAACGUAAAUUUGGUCUUAUGAAGAAAGCUUAUGAAUUAAGUGUUCUAUGUGAUUGUGAAAUAGCGCUCAUUAUAUUUAAUUCGUCCAAUAAACUUUUCCAAUAUGCAUCAACGGAUAUGGACAAAAUCUUGCUCAAAUAUACAGAAUAUAAUGAACCACAUGAAAGUCGAACAAACAAUGAAAUUGUACAGAUUCUUCAUAAAAAAGAAUCGAAACAUCUCGAUCAAAAUGAUAGUGAUAAUGAUAUGGAAGAUGAAAGUGCUAAUGAAAUGGAUAGUAAUCAUCAACUUCCAUCUCAUCAUCAUCUUGAUCCUACAAUAAAUGAUUCAAGAAAACGUACAAAUCAAUCUCAACAAGCUGCUAAUUAUCAUCCAUCAUUAUCAAUGAUAAAUGGUAUUGGACAACAAACAACACAACAACAAAAUUUUUUAUCAGUUCAUGGAACAACUGGCAUUGAUGCAUCUUCUUCACCAUCACCUCAAUCAACUUAUUCACCGCCUAGUUCACCAAGUGAAUCACGUACAAGUCCAAAUUCAUCAUCUAAACAACAAUCAUCAUCAAAUAUAAAUAAUAAAUUUUCAAUAAAUUCUAAUAGUGGAACACCAUUAACAGCAUCAUCAUCAUCACAUGUCACAUCUCAUCAUAAUGAUUUGACAGGUGGAGGAGGAACAACUAAUCGCAUCAAUGCUGACUUCUCAUUAAAUACAGGUAGUGGUAGUGGUGAAAGUAAUAAUUUUCUUCAUUGGCAUCCAUCAUCUCGUUCGUCCUUAGCAGCUGCACUUCAAAUGAAUUCAUUACCAUUAGGCAUGAUGAAUUAUGAUAUGCAACAAGCUCUAUGUGCUCAAUCAUCGGCAUCAAAUAAUAACAAUAAUAAUAAUAAUAAUUCAACUGGUGUUAGUCCACAUUUAUAUUAUCAACAACAACAGCAUCAUCUUCAUCAUCAACAACAACAACAACAACAACAACAGCAACAUCUUCGUCCAAAAAAUGAACCAUAUUCACCACCUAUGCCACUUGCUACAAAUAGUUCUCGUUCAUCAAUAAAUGAUACAAAUUCCGGUCCGAAUCAUCCGAUAUCAAAAACUCCUAUACCUCAACAACAACGAUCAAUUGACUAUAUAAAUUCAUCUUCAUGUUCAGAACCAUCAUUGAAACAUGCGCGUUUUGAUUCACCAAGUUGGCCAAAUGCAACUUGA